UGAACGGACAUUAGCAACUGAUCAGGAAUAAACGCGAGUGGUAACUAAAAAAUUACGUAAUGUGUGAUAAUAUAUAAUGCAAUGAGCGACGUGCGUUAUGCCACCUAUUCACCUUGUUGUGGUAUUGACAGUGUUGGACUUGUGUGUGCCACUGUACCACGAUCAGUUCGCGCUGCUCGUGCCAGAUGGCCGUGCAGAUGAACUGGCUCACAGACAUGGGUUCAUAAACCAUGGCCAGAUCGGCAGCCUGAACCAUUAUUACUUAUUUUCACAUCCUCACAUAAGCAAGAGAUCAGUGAACGCAAGCAAAGAAUAUGAAAUUCGUCUCAAGAAUGACCCACAGGUGAGAUGGGUGAUGCAGCAGCGCGAGCUGAAGAGAAGCAAGCGGGAUCUGCAUCCACGUCACGUCAUGAGACAGUCCAUGCCGGAGUUCCCAGAUCCAUUGUUCAAAGAACAGUGGUAUCUUAAUGGUGGUGCGGCUGAAGGUUUAGAUAUGAACGUCGGGGUCGCAUGGAGAAAAGGCUACACAGGAAAGGGGGUCGUAAUAACAAUACUCGAUGACGGAAUCCAGCCUAACCAUCCAGACCUGUUGCAGAAUUAUGAUCCCGCGGCAUCGACUGACAUAAACGGAAAUGACACCGAUCCAACGCCGCAGGAUAAUGGCGACAAUAAACAUGGUACCCGGUGUGCGGGGGAAGUCGCCGCAGUGGCGUAUAAUAAAUAUUGUGGCGUAGGAAUAGCAUACAAUGCUAGCAUUGGUGGCGUGAGAAUGCUAGACGGUCUAGUUAAUGACGCAGUGGAAGCUAAAGCACUCGGCUUCAACACUCACCACAUAGACAUUUAUAGCGCUUCCUGGGGACCGGAGGACGACGGAAAAACGGUCGACGGACCUGGCCCCUUAGCUAGAAGAGCUUUUAUCAACGGCGUAACAAACGGCAGAGGGGGAAAAGGUUCUAUUUUUAUAUGGGCAUCAGGAAAUGGAGGGAGGCAUACUGAUUCCUGUAAUUGUGAUGGCUACGCAAAUAGUAUAUUCACAAUUUCAAUUUCUAGUGCGACACAGGGAGGUUACAAGCCGUGGUAUUUAGAAGAAUGUUCCUCUACUUUAGCAUCCACAUAUAGUUCAGGGACACCAGGUAGGGACAAAAGUGUUGCGACCGUUGAUAUGGACGUCCAAUUGCGGCCUGAUCAUAUUUGUACCGUAGAUCAUACGGGUACCUCGGCUUCUGCACCCUUAGCAGCGGGAAUUUGUGCACUAGCAUUGGAAGCAAAUUCAUUAUUAACAUGGCGAGAUAUGCAACAUCUAAUCGUUAUGACCUCCAGGUCACAACCUUUAGAUAAAGAAGAAGGAUGGAUCGUAAAUGGUGUUAAAAGAAAAGUAAGUCAUAAAUUUGGUUACGGUCUUAUGGAUGCCGGACAAAUGGUAUCUUUAGCUGAACAAUGGAUAAAUGUUCCACCGCAACACAUAUGUAAGUCACAAGAAAUAAACGAGGACAGGGCAAUUGAAACUUCUUUCGGAUAUACUAUAUCCGUUCAUAUGGACGUAAAUGGUUGUAGUGGUACAAUGAAUGAAGUUAGGUUUUUGGAACACGUUCAAUGUAAGAUUUCGUUAAGCUUUUUUCCAAGAGGUAAUUUACGGAUAUUGCUGACGUCGCCAAUGGGCACUACGUCAACUUUAUUAUUUGAAAGAACUCACGAUGCUGCCAGUUCUAAUUUUGACGAUUGGCCUUUCUUAAGUGUUCAUUUUUGGGGUGAAAACGCCGAAGGACGAUGGACACUUCAAAUAAUAAACGCCGGCAAUAACCAUGUUACUCAACCGGGAGUAUUAAAAAAGUGGCAGCUUAUUUUCUACGGUACGGCGGCAAAUCCGAUGCGUUUACGAAAUAAAAGUUACUUCAAUUCUGAUAAUAUUCGACAAGAUGAGAAGACCUAUCAUAUUAACGACGUUUAUGAUGCUAAUGAGUAUUCGCAAUUUCUGAAUGAAAUAGAACUUGGGAUUUCAGAUAGACGUAAUUAUCCUAAGAAUAUUCCUUCAGCUCAAAGAAAAAACGUUUUGGCAGAUGCUAACGAUAAGCAAGUCCAAAGACUGUGCGAUCCCGAAUGUGAUUCACAAGGUUGUUAUGGUAAGGGUCCCACCCAAUGUGUUGCUUGCAAACAUUACCGCCUCGAUAACUCCUGUGUGUCCAGGUGUCCACCGAGAAGCUUUGUUAACCAAGGAGGUGUUUGUUGGCCUUGCCAUGAGUCUUGCGAAACUUGUGCUGGAGCUGGACAGGAUUCUUGUCUUACUUGUGCACCAGCACAUUUACUUGUUGUCGAUUUAGCUGUAUGUCUGCAACAGUGUCCAGAUGGUUAUUAUGAAGAUCCUGACGCAAACGCUUGUUUUCCGUGUGCAGAACACUGUGACACCUGUUCGGAUAAAGCUGAUUUGUGUUCUUCAUGUGCUCAUAAUUACGAAUUGUAUAAUGGGUCUUGUUUAGCCACUUGCCCUCCUGGAACAUACAAAAAAGAUGAUUUUGGUUGUAUGCGGUGUCAUGAAACGUGUGAAUCCUGUAGCGGCCCGAAUGAAUCUGAAUGUGUUACUUGUAAAAUUGGAGAGUACGCGCUAGAAGGUCGCUGUGUAUCUAACUGUCUCAUCGGGAAUUAUGCAGAUGUUCAAAAAAAAGAAUGCAUAUCGUGUCCAAUUGGAUGUUCAAUUUGCACAUAUGCAGUUUGUUCCGCUUGUCAAGAGAAAUGGGUUCUAACGAAAAAAGGAACAUGUCAGCCUGAAGGAAACGACAAGUGUGAUACUAAUGAGUAUUACGAAGGAGGGCGUUGCAAAAAUUGCCAUUCCACUUGUGAGAAAUGUAGUGGUCCUAAUGAAUGGGACUGUUUAUCUUGUUCAAGUCCUCUGUUAUUGCAGGGAUCAAGGUGCGUUGCGGAAUGUGGACAAGGCUUUUACCAGACAGCUGGGAGAUGUUCGUUAUGCCCGCACACAUGCAAAACAUGCGUGUCGAGGUUAAAUUGUACAACUUGUGCUAAUACUCUUAGAUUACAAUCCGGUACUUGUCGUUCUACAUGCGCAGCUGGUUACUAUCCUGAUGAAGGAACAUGUUCCAAGUGCUACUUAUCUUGUGAGACCUGUACUGGCCCGAGAAGAGACCAAUGCGCAUCAUGUCCUCCAGAUUGGAGGCUAGCAGCGGGAGAAUGUAGACCGGAAUGUCCUCAAAACUUCUUUACAUGGGGAGACAGUUGUCGUAGAUGUCAUCAUUAUUGCCAGGAUUGCCAUGGAGCUGGUCCCCAAAGGUGUACAUCCUGUCCUCAGCAUUUUUCCUUAGAAAACGGUUUAUGUGUUGAGUGCCUUAGUUCUCAAUAUUAUGAAAUUAGGACGAGGACUUGCCGUCCAUGCCAUGACUCUUGCAGGUCAUGUUCUGGACCUGGGCCUACUAGUUGUGUGACGUGUGCACAUCCUCUUCGUUUAGAUAGGGUGAAUCACAAAUGUUUGCCAUGCUGUACAGAGAAUUUAGUUUCGUUUUAUUUAAGCACUAAUCAAUCAACAGAUUGCUGCCACUGUGAUAAAGAUAUGGGCGGUUGUCUGAACGGUUCAUCGGCGGGUAAGAGACGCAUUGCGGAGAACAUUGGGGCGCAUAUGACGCCAUCAUUUUUUGUCGACGACGCAAAAGAGCAGAAUAUCUUAGACCGUGAUUUAUUGCUCCUUUUGAGUGCUGGAGUGGCGGUCCUUGUAAUAUCCAUUGCAAUGAUUGUACUGAGGUUCAAGUCUAAAAAGUGCAAACAUCUUUCACCGUUUCCAAGGACAGGAUAUUCACAAUUGACUUCCAUAGACGAGGAUUUCACAGCAGUGAGCUUAUCGCAUACUACAUUGAAAGUCAUUCAAAGUGACAUAAACACAAACCAUCUGGAGGAACCAACAUAACAUUGCAAUUUAAAUCUUAAGUCAAUGAAAUUAGAUAAAACUUACACCACAGACUGAUAUCUAGAGGUUUGAUAGGUUUUUUUAUGCAUAUAACAUGUAAAUCACUGGUUUCCUGGAGGCCAAAAUAAUUUUUUAUUCGGUUAACGACCAAUGUAUAAAGUUAACUACAGUUAACCUUUGUAUAGCACAUCUUGCUUAAAAUAACUCUUAUAUGGUAUAGUCUUAUUACAACGUAAAAUUAUAUGAAAUGUCGUUUUAGUUAUAAACUUUCGACCAUAUUUAUCUUCUUAGAUUUUGAUUUAAGUGCUGUAAAAUGUAAUAACAUAUAUCCUUGUAUGAAAUGCGAACUUGUAAAUAUUUUUUUCAUUUUAUAACUUGAAAGGAAUGGGAGCUCAUGGUUCUGUCUUGAACGUAUUUCUCCAAAGAACAUUUAUAGUAUGCGAAUUUAGAACGAAUAAAAAUAUAUUCCAAAAACAUUUUUAUUUAUUUCACUGUUAUAUUUAUAUGACUAUUAGAUAUAUUCACUCAUAAGUAUUAUAUAUCUGUUAUAUUUCCUCAAAAAUUAAAUUACAUGCAUCAUUACUAUGUUUUCUAUAUAUUUAUGUUGCUCGUUGAAUUACGAGUAUACUUUAAAAUAGCCUUAUUUUUUUUGUAACCCCAAAAGAUAUAUAACACAAAAAUAGAUGUAACAGUAUUAUUUAAUUAUACGAGCAAUGUAAUAAGGACAUAAAAUUUUAUGAAAAAUUUCAUUAUAUUUUUAAUUAUCCCGGCUCGGACGUUAAAAGGGCUGUAAAAAUUUAAUAAAUACAAACAAGAUUACUUUUUAAGCUAUAAUCAAAACAAUAUUAAAUAACGUGACCUUUUUUGAUUUUCUGAUCGUAAUAUUACAUCGUCACACAAAUAUUUAUUGAAAAAAAAAAACCACAUCAUUUUAUAUGAAAUUUUUAUAUCAUAACACUUUUUUCUUUGUUAUGUAAAAUAAACUGAUAUUAUACGAAAUAAGAUGUAUUUAGAACACGAAUUUAAGAAGAUCUAUGUUUUUUUUUCUGAACAGAUGAAAUUAUUUAAUUACAAUGUUCGUCAAUUAUAUAAUACACAGUGAAUGUUCUUAUCAUUUAAAAUUAUUCUCCAUAUAGAUAAUGUUUGUUAUGAAACAUUCGUUUAUCACAAUCUUAUAGUAAUCAGUCUUAAUAUUAAUAUUUGAUGUAUUAAUCUUUUAAGGUUAUACGCUAACCUGUAUCCUCAUAUAUGGUUUCCGUGAGUUGUCGGUAUUAAAUGCUCAUGUAUUAAUAAGAUUUUUUUAUUGCUUUCAUAAUAAUUAUUUAAAUAAAAAUAAAACAAAAAUUCUAUGUAAAUAGUGUUCUUAUUGUGAGUUUGUUUCGUAUGUAAAUAUGUAUAUAGACAUGUAAAUAUAUUGAUGGUUUUUAUGACGGGCA